AUGGCGGGCACCCCCAAUCUCUACAGCUGCCCGGAUGUCGACGCGGUUGCCAAGCAGCUGCGGAAAUAUGUCCUCAACAACCAGAACGCGGCGUUGAAGAGACAUGGCACGUUCCGCGUGGCCGUUUCUGGAGGCUCCUUGCCCGGCACGUUGGCCAAGGCCCUUCUCGCACCCAGUAAUGGCACCCCGGAGGACACGCCGCAAUUCUCCAAAUGGGAUAUCUUCUUUGCCGACGAGCGUGUUGUCCCUCUGGACCACCCGGACAGCAACUAUCGUCUGAUCAAGGAUGAGCUUCUCGACAAAAUCCCCUCCGAGUUGGGUUCUCCCACCGUCCACACCAUUGAUCCCAAACACGUCAACGACGAAGACCCCACGGAACUGGCCGAUCUAUAUCAGGAGGAGCUGAUGCGGACCUUUGCCGCCAAGGACAGCGUCAGGCUGCCUGUCUUCGACCUCAUUCUGCUGGGCACCGGACCGGAUGGCCACACCUGUAGUUUGUUCCCUGCUCACCCUCAGCUCCGAGAGAAUGAUGCGUGGGUGGUGGGUGUUACCGACUCUCCCAAGCCUCCGCCAAAACGGAUUACCCUUACGUUGCCGGUGGUGUCUCAUGCGUUGAGCAUUGCGUUCGUCGCGACGGGUGCGGGGAAGAAAGAUAUCUUGAAAAAGGUCUUCGACACGGAGGAAGGCCACAGCCUGCCAAGUGGCCUGGUCAAUACCCAUGCUGGCGACAAGAUCAGUUCUGUAGGCUUCGAGGUUGAGUCAAGCAAAUGUGUUGGAGGCUGCUUGUUUGGCGACGUCGCUGGUUGGGCCAACUGGUCGAUCCAUGCCGAGCUUGUUGACAGCUCGUCCCACUUGCGCACGCCUCACCUCAGACCGCAACAUCUCCAGCUUCACAUGCAGGUUUCGCAUUCUAUUGAUAGCUUUCUUGUCGAUAGGAAUGCCGCUAUCGACCGCUACACUUCAAUUGCCGGGAGCUCGCCCGAAUACCCAAAAGUCGAGACAAGCCGGGCCGAACGACAGCCGUCGUCCAAAGCAGUCGCUUCGUCGAUUCCUGCCCCGACCAGAAGAGACAAUGUUGCGACCCAGAGAAAGAGCUUUCUGCCCCAGCGCAGCGGUUCGGUACGAGAGAAACGGGAGGUUUCGGAGAAAGUGCAGGGUCAAAAUAAUAAUGAAGGGAGUCGACUGCAACAACCGGGGUCUGGACCGCAGCAACAGUCUCAACAGCAGGAUUCUACGCCUGCAGCACGUCGCUCAAGUCUAGCUCAGCCUCAAGACCGCAGGCUAUCUUUAUCUAGCAGAAUCGUGCCGCCUGAGACACCAACCGACCAGAAUGCUGCGAUACCGGGAUCACCUCUAAGAAAACAGCUGUUUGAGUCGAAGCCAACAGCUCCGAGCUCGCCGCAGAAAUCGCAGAUGCCACCCCCGCCUCGUGCCACGAGAUCCGCUUCUCUACGACAACCAUCCACCCCCAAGAUCGUCCCGCCUGGAGAAGUCAAAGGGCAUGUGAGGCAUCGCAGUCAGGUUGUGGGUGCGGCUGCGACCCAAGCAGUGAGGCAGACCGAAGGAUCGUCCUCCCUCUCGAAGGCCAAACCACAACGACCACCAUUCACGACAUACCAGCAACAUUUUAGUCCGAAGAAGGAAUCCAAACCGCCGACGUUAGCCAACCUAUCAUCUCGCUCUGCAGAGUCAGAAGAUGCUGGGUCGAUACCGGCUUCUCGACCGGAUGUUGCCGCGUUGCAGACCGAAUAUUUACAGCUGUGCCUCCUGCAUUCCUCCCUUUCCCAAAAGAACGCCGAAUGGCGAGCGAAUUCAGAAAAAGAAUUACGGAAGAAAUACGACUCUGUCGCAGGACGCUAUCGCGUGCUCCUCGCCGAAGAAAGAGAUGCCCAACGUCUGCUGAAUAUCCAAGCCUUACAUCACUGGUCGGCGAAUGCGCAAAGGCAUGGCAGUUGCAGAGAUUUUGCGGCACAAAUACAGACUCUUUCACGCGUUAUUCAGGAAGUCAUGGACCUGUCAGAGCCUCAUGGGGGGCGAUAUACCAAGGCGGUCCGGAUCUUUGAGGAUUGGCUCGAAAGAGUGGUUCAGAUCAGGAAUAGCCGAAGGCGAUCAAAGAUAGACACUCUUGCCGACGAGCCAGAAUUUAUCCAUCCACUCGAUCGGGAGUGGAAAGAAGAAGUUAAUGCACUGGGUGCGAAAGUCGAAUUAUGCCUGCGGGAACUGCAAAAUUUGGACAUCCCUCCUCCCGAGGACCUUGGAAACUCUGAUGCAGCACUUCUGCGGAUCGCAAACGGCCACAAAGAUCUUUUGGUCUCUAUGAUGGAAGAAUUGAAAACAAUGCGAAAAACCGAAAUGGACAUUGUCGGAUUGGAAAGAUCAUGGACGGCACAGACCGCCGACCGACUGCGGGCUGUAGAUGAAAGCAGUAUCGCGCAUCGCGGUCCUAGAAUCGGGGCUUGGAAGCGAACUUGA